AUGGCCGAGGACUUCAUGCGCGAUAUUGAUGCCGAAACACCAGAAGCAACGGCAUUUUAUGUAAUCGAUGAAAAGCUGAAAGAACAAGGUCGAAGUUGCAGGGAUUUUGGUAUACCAUCACCAACAUCUGUUCCUUAUUCAUUUGAAUCAAAAAUUAUCAACAAGGAAGAAGAACUUCGAAUAGGACAAGAAAUGUAUGCAAUGUUCAAUCAGGAUCAACGUUCAGCGGCAGAUGCAAUUCUUGCAAGUCAUCGUAAACAAUCACCCACCGCUGCUGGCUCAUGUUUCUUUAUUGAUGGUCCUGGAGGGACAGGAAAAACCUAUCUCUAUAACAUCCUGUACCAUUUACUCAUGAGAGAAGGAGUCCAUGUUAUGACAGUUGCGUCGAUAGGAAUUGCUGCAAGUUUAUUACCUGAAGGAAGAACUGUGCAUAGUCGUUUCAAGCUUCCUGUACCUAUCUUGGAAACAUCUACAUCCGGUAUUCGACCAAACAACAAGCAAGCUGAAGAGAUUAGAAAGACAGAAGUUUUCAUUUGGGACAAAGCACCAAUGGCUCCAUCUUAUGCUCUCAAGGCAGUUGAUACUUUACUGAGAGAUAUAAUGAACAUCAAUGUAAGGUGCACGCAAAGCAAAAUUCGAGCAAAAAAUUUUUUUUUCGAUGUUUCGUACACCAUUCGAUAG